AUGAACAAUUCGGAUGAUGGUGGAGAGCCAGAUGACUUCUACAGAGAUUAUCAAUCAUUUUCACAGGCAAACGGCUCGCCAGCUCAAGUAUUAGACAUGCCUGCGACAACAAUAAAUGUUAGACCGACUCCCUCCACAGCGCGAUCAAAUAGUACCAGCAACUCAUCCAAACAAACUCCCUCCGCCUCCCGAACCACAACGCGACCACCCUUCGGCUCAAACCUGUCGCCCGUUGAAAGCAAUCAAAAGCAAUCAACAAAACUACUUGCCAAUGGAUAUGGAAAGGCACAACGACAACCAAGCGUGAAGGAUCUCUUGAAGCGUUUUGAUCAGAAUAAUGAUCAGUCACUUCCCAUGCCGCGAAAACCUGGGACACGAGCGAAAGAUGGUGCUGGAAUCAGUUCUGGAUACAUGAGAGAUCGAUCAAUUCCAUAUACUCCCCGCGUAACCAGCAACCCAGGACCUACAACUACGAGUUCGUCAUUAAGAGCCGGUACUGCUGCCAGAGAGCCGGGCUUAGCCAGAGUUAAAUCACCUUCAUCUAGCACAAGGGCCAUGCAACGACCGAGGGUUGCGACAGAGGACCAACAUUCAAACAAUGCAUUUUCGGCUUCUCCCCGCAACAUUCGUACAAGGAAUGCACCAAGUACCAAAGCCGGUCCAGCUUCGAAGUCAAUGAAUAACCUUUCGCGUUCGUCCCAAUCCCAAUCUCAUAUACCACCUUCAGCACCCGAGAAGCGUCCUCUGUUUGGCGAGAUUUUAACUUUCAAUCAAGGUACAUCCGAGGCCGGUUAUGGUAUCCCAACGGCAACAAGAAGAACAUCUGAGUCAGGCUUACCUUCUCUCAUCUCGACGCAGCAACUUGAUAGUACGGAUGUCGAUAUAUCUCCAACUUCGCCAACAGCGUGGUAUCUAGGAGUGACACCACUUGGCGACGUAGAACCAAACAAACCGCGAAGAUCGGGCCACAAUCGUGCUCAUAGUGAUUUUGCGGACACCAAGGUAAAUACUAUGCACAAUGUUAACCGCUCUUCGUUUCUCCUGCCAGAAUCCCCAGUCAACGCCAAGGAUUCCGAUGCAACCCUUGGGCUAGAUUCUCUACCUAAUGCAGAAGAAGGGGCUGAAUCCGAAUUUCAGCCAGCAAAGCUUUCAUCUCGGCUUCCUGUUGCUCUCAGGCGCUUAAGCGGCCAGUCAGAUACAUCAAGUUCACCCUCGACGCGUGCUAGUUCUCCUCUGACUGGCAAACGCGCACACAAUUCAAAAAUUCCUAGAGAUUAUCAGCCGUGGAGUCCUGGAGGACGCUCGGUAGCAUCAGCAAAUCGUUCUACCCCUCAAAACAGCCGUGUUAAAUCACGCAGCCCGGACAAAUCCCCUAGCAAUGGUAGCUUAAAGGCUUAUAUUUCUGCACCGCCCGCGAAGAAUUCGCCACCCUUACGAAGUUCACGUCCUCGACAACCUGUUUCUGCGGCAUCAACAGCUAGCUCAAGACAGAAGGCAGUCGAUGGAUCGGCAUCGCCGCAUGAUUCGAGAGCUGGGAUGAAGGCGACUAGAACUGCUGUGACCACUGAGAUGAAAGGACGUAGAGCUAUGAACAUGGAACCUGUCAAUUACGCAGCACGGCGAGCACAAAUUACGCGAGCAUAUACAAGAUCAAUUCAUGAAUCUGAGCUGCAGAAAAUGCGAGCAGCCCAUACGCGCGUUUCCAAUGAAAAAAUCCCUCAAAUCACAAAUGGCGAGGAAAGCCCAAAGCAUGAACAGACGAAUGCUCCCACAAGCAGAGACGAUGAACCAGAAAUGACAUCGUUGGGAACGGAACCCUUACAGAUCUUGACAAACUUUGAAUCACAAACCUCAAAGUCAUCAGUUGAGCGUCAAAUUGAGAUAGAUCAAGAUUCGCCAACUUUAGGUGUUACUAACGAUAUUCCCGGAGCAUUUAUCCAAGAGGAUGUGCCUAUGUCCGCGAUUUCGAAUGUUUCAGCCACUACUUUCAUUGAAAAUGAAGCGCAGACAGAAGGCCCUCGCCUUGCUCGCAACCCAUCCAUCAAAGUUACAGAUUCGAUUGCAGUCCUUGCUAAAGUACCUGAGGCAGACGAUACCACUUCUGACCAUCGAGAAGGAUCUAGUGCCAACUCUUUGGGAAUUCCGAUCGAAGCCACUUUAAUUGAAGUGGCUGGUGAUGCCCGCGGAGCACUUUUAGAGGAGCCCAUCGGCCAUGAAGUGAGGAUAGAAGCAAUUUCUGAAGACUCACCAAAUGGCACAGCCUAUGAUGAGCCAGCCACAGAAGAAGUUGCGGAGCCUCCGAGCCCGAAAACGUUGAUAUCAGAAACUUUUGAUUCGAAUUUCAUAGAUCAUAUAAAUAAUGAAGCAGAUGCUAUUGCAAGUAUCGACUAUGGCACUGGUCAUCCUACUGAUCUAGGUUCAGAUGACAAAAGUGCUCAAGAGCUAGUCGAUAUUCCAAUCAAAAUCGAGGAGGACAGAGAUGAAUCCCAUCUACACUUGGAACUAAGUACAUAUUCAGGAGAAAGCCCUAGACUCGAGUUACCAGCUUUACGUACCGCUCUUGCCGAAUUCCUAUCGCCACCAGAGACCGAUAGACAGCCUGAUUUGUACACUCCAACAGAUAUCGAUUAUGAAAGCUCUGAAGAUAUUGGCGCAGGGCACACCGGCAACACGAGCGAACAAGAAGAUUUAUAUGGACCAUCUUAUGAUCAGAAUCGUGAGCUGUAUCUUACAUCUGACACCUACCGUCGUGAAAGCCGUCAUUCUGCUUGGACGGAUUUCUCAGUUGCCACAACAGAUGAUUCAGUCGCACAAGACGAGAAUCAAAAGUGGAUAAAUACGAAGAUUUCGCUCCCUGAAUUACAGAAAGGACCUACCCCGCCUCCAAAGUUACCCCCUUCUCCUGAGCCACCUAUACUAGUCGAGGAGAUAGGUUCUGUGAAUUCUUCUGGGCUUGAGUUACCUCCAUUGACAUCUCACAAUGGAUUUGGCCUUGGCUUUGAUCCGGACACCAUAUACAGCGUCCCAGCUAUCCCAGUAUGGGCCAGCCUCACACCACCAAUCACAGAGCAUAACCAUCGGAGGGAAAAUGCACUUGCUAAACUAGGUCCUCCUACGCGUACACCUCCUCCUCCUACUCUUAACGAUAGUCGACCUGGAUCUAGCGCAUACCAAACAAGUCACAAGGCCGCCAGCCAGAAUACCGAAUCCAGGCGUCCUAGCGAUGAUUUAUAUUCACCACGACCCUCUCUUUCUACCCCUAGGUCAAGUAUGCAAAUAUCGCAGGAGGAUAUAACCCUAGGCCAUAGCUACGCCGCUCCUAAACUCCCUCAGGUACCUCUCACCGAAGAAGAGCAAGCAAUUGCCAAGAAGAAAAGCGCACGCUUAUUUACACGACGAAAGAUAAUCGAGGAAAUAAUUGAUACAGAGGCAGCUUACCUCAAAGACAUGAAUGUGGUUGAAGAAAUUUACAAAGGUACGGCGGAAGCAUGUCCGAAAUUGGACUUCGGUGAUAUCAAGACCAUCUUCAGGAAUACGGAUGAGAUUAUAACUUUCUCCACGGCGUUGCUAGAUGACCUCAAAAAGGCAGGGGCAGCUGUGUACACUUCCAAGUCCCGCGCCAGACAAAGUCGAGCUACAGGUUCCACGUCAGCAACCACCACUGCAGCCAAUACUCCAGCAUCCCUGGGACCCAACGAUAGUUGCUCAGAUCCCCCGGAGUUGAACGAUUUCAAUGAAGAAAGGGAUCGAAAGACUUUCAUUGGCUAUACCUUUGGUAAACAUCUCCGGAAGAUGCAAGAGGUCUACACGGAAUUCUUGAAGAACAGCGAAUUGGCAGCCGAUCGCUUGAAAAUUCUGUCAGCGGACCCUGCCGAUUUGACGGCUGCUUGGGAUCUUGAUGCUCUGAUGGUUAAACCAGUUCAGCGAAUCACUCGAUAUCAGUUAUUAAUCGACAACCUCGUGAAGCAUACCGCCGAAGAUCACCCAGAUUUCAAUUCCCUUACGAUUGCCGGUCGAGAAACGCUCAAAUUAUUGCAGACUAUCGAUAAACUCAAGGAACGUAUUCAGGUUGUCGGUAAAAUCGUUGGUCGAAAGCGUAAGGAAUCAGAGGUCCGCCUCGGAUUGGCCAAAGCAUUUGGACGACGAUCAGAGAAGUUAGCUUCUACUGUAGUUCGCCCCCAUGACGAUGAAGUGUUUGUCAAGUUGCAUGAGAAGUUUGGUCAUGAUUACCUACGAUUACAGGUGGUGAUGCGUGAUAUUGAAUACUACACGCGGCAGGUUGCUACUUGGGUCAACGAUUUUCUCAGAUUUCUUUCUGCUAUGGAGCUCAUCAUGCGUCAUAGCCCUUCCUCAUAUCCGGAAAUGGAAGCUCGAUGGUCUCAGUUUAAUUUAUCCAUGAGAGAUAUGGGGAGCGUCGCUUUGGAAAACCAUGUAGCGAAGAUUCGAAAAGAGGUCAUUGACCCAAUUGAGGCCGUUAUCCGGUUAUACACAGGGCCCACUGAAUUCAUGAAGAAACGUUCGAAGAGGCGCAUAGAUUAUGAAAAGUGGAUAGCUGCCAAGGCUAAUGGCAAGAAGUCAGAUGACAAGCUCCUCUCGUUAGUCAAAGAAUAUGACGCUCUAAAUGAAACUUUGAAGACAGACUUGCCCCGACUCUCGGCCUUGACUUCGGAGAUAGGCCGAAAAGUUCUUGCUAGACUUAUCUGUAAUCAAACCUCAUGGUAUUACAUAUGGCAAGAGAAAGUCAAGACUGUGCUGGAUGCGAACCAAAUACCGGUGAGCGUACAUGAAAUUGUACAAUCCUUUGAACGAGACUACAAGUAUGUUCUCGCUCAAACCCAAGAACUUCGUCUCAUCAAUGGACAUUCACGAGCUGGAUCGGGCUCUCCUGCAACGGAUGCGAGCGCCUCUCGACUGUAUAGCUCUACUAGACCAUCAACAUCACGUAGCAUUGCCUCGGAAAACGGUGUCGUUCCGAGAAUUAGUACAGACCUAGGACACCGUAGGGAAUCGAGUUCUACUCAAGCAUCUGCAUCAUACAUGGUGGAUGGCCCACUUCGUGAUCAGCGACCGUUCUCUGGUAUUUUCCAUUCUGCAAUGCCCCUGCCUGAUGGUCCAGAGGAUAGCGCUCGAUCUUCAAGAGCUUCUUCAAUGGAUCGUACCCAUAGGGGGCGGUAUAAUGUUAUCUAUCUGGCAGCAAGCUUAUUCGAAUUUAAUAUCGAGGCAACUAAGAAAGAGGCUGGUUACCCUUAUUUGACAUAUUCAGCUGGUGAAAUCUUUGAUGUCAUCGGAGAGAAGGGCGAGCUCUGGUUGGCUAAGAACCAAGAUGAUGGCUCUGAUCAAGUUGGCUGGAUCUGGAGUAAGCACUUCGCUCGUCUGGCCAUGGAUUAA